CGCGUCCAGACUUAACGCUUGGUUGUACAAUUGCUAUUGCUGAAAAAUAAAUCGAUUCAAUACGAAAUAAAAGUCAUUCACUGAAUGUCUUUCAAAGAUAUCACAUAGCUUUCUAUUGUACCUUCAACUGUGUGAUAUUCUAGCAGCUAUUCUGAAAAAAAUGCAGUCUCAAUAACAUAACCAUUCAAGUUACUCUCCGUCUUCAUUUGAAACGAUGGAUUUUCCAUCUGUUGAGAGGGCAGUGAAUGUGUACAGAGAAUGUGCUACUGCGCCAACUCUCUCAUCUGCUUCCAUACAAAAGACUGGAGAUUGUUUAGUUAGUGUACAUUCAACGUGGAGUCAGAGAGAUUUGGAAAGAGAAACGACCGUCAAGUUUAGAAAGACUCAUAUUGUGACAAUAGACAGCAAAGGACAAGUCGGAAACAUCAUUGAUCCAGCGACCAGCACUGAACUUCAUUCCGAGCAACGGGUUCGAUUGUCACCAUCUGGAAAACUAAAGGCUGUGUUGAGGAAAGUCAAGGAUAGGAAAGGAGAUGAAAAACAAUACUUAGAGGUGUGGAACGAUAUUGGAAAGAUUCAUAACAUCAAUUUGACUGCUCUUGACAAACAUGGCAAAGUUUAUGAAGAUGAUGAAUUUGGAUGUUUGGAGUGGUCUGGAAGUGAAUCUCAGCUAUUGUAUGUGGCAGAGAAGAAGCAACCCAAAUCUGUCUCCUAUUUUGACAAGUCCAAUGAUAGGAGCUCGGAUGAGUGUUCUGAAGUGGAUUCUAAAAACAGGGAUUCAGCAAUUAAGGGAGAAAAAUUUAUCUACCGCCAAGAUUGGGGUGAAAUGUUAGUUGGGAAGCAUUGUCCAGUUCCUUGCAUCUUGAACCUUCAGACUGGUCAAGUGACCAUGCCAGAGGGUCUUCCCAAGGAUGUCUCUAUCGGUCAAGCAGUCUGGACUCCUGAUGAUAGCGGGAUAGUGUUCGUUGGAUGGGAGAACGAGCCCUACAGACUAGGAAUGGUCUAUUGUGCAAAUAGAAGGAGUUCCAUUUAUCAUCUGGAUCUGUCAAGUCAAACCUGCAAUGCCGUCAGCGCAACAGACGAGUCUGUUAGGUCACCAAGUUUUAGCCCAGAUGGGUCUAAACUGCUAUAUCUUCAAAAUUCCUGUCAUGGACCUCCCAUGAAAUGUGCCCAAUUAAAAGUGUGUGAGUGGGAGACUAAGGAGACAAAUAUUGCAGUCGAUGUAGUUCAAUACCCUACAGAAAAAAAUCCCUUUCCUGGUUUAUACAUUGGUCGUUUUCAGCAGCAAUGUUGGUUGGAUAAUGCGACUAUUCUUGCAAGUACACCGUGGAGAAGUAGCCAGGCAAUCAUUUCAAUAAACAUCUGUACAGGGGAAGUGAUAAGACUUACCGAUUCCUCAGAAUAUGGGAGUUGGCUUUUCUGUGACAUUAGAGAGAAAAUGAUUCUAGCAUACAGAUCGUCACCAACCAAUUCAGGUCAACUGGUAAUUGGUAUUAUACCUGAGAAGGGUGAUAUUUCAGACAUCAGAUGGACCCCAUUAAACAAACCCAGUCUUACCUUGCCUGACGUAUCAUGGUCUGUCAUUACUCUCAAACCUGAGCCUCAGCAAGGAAGCAAUAUUGAUUUUGAAACCAUCAUCUUGAAACCAACUGGAGAUUCACUCAAACUGGAGAAGAAGCCUCCUCUUUUAGUAAUGCCCCAUGGUGGUCCUCAUUCAAUAUUCUGUGCAGGUUAUCUCAUGUUUGCUGGAGCAUUCUGUCGACUUGGAUUUGUUGUCACGUGUGUCAAUUUCCGAGGUUCAUUAGGUUUCGGACAAGCUUCCAUCUAUUCGAUCCCUGGCCAUUUAGGAAUAAAUGACGUACAAGAUGUUCAGACCACAGUGGAAACAGUAAUAAGGCAAGGUCUUGUUGAUCCAGAGAGAAUCGCCAUUUCGGGUGGCUCGCAUGCUGGUUUCAUCGCUACACACAUGAUUGCGCAGUAUCCAGAAAUGUACAAAGUUUGUGUCACAAGGAAUCCAGUCACUGACAUUGCAGCCAUGCUUGCGGGUACAGAUAUGCCACCUUGGACAAUGACAGAAGUUGGUAUUGACUUUGAUUACGCCAAAUCUCCAUCAGCUGAGAUGUAUGCAAAAAUGUUCAACUGUUCUCCCAUGGCUCAUAUUGAUAAGGUGAAAGCUCCAACUCUGAUAAUGCUCGGAUCGGACGACCUUCGUGUUCCACCCCAGCAGGGCAUACGCUACCAUCAAAUGCUCAAAGCACGAGGUGUCAAAGCAAAAUUAUUGAUGUAUCAUGGAAACAGUCAUCCCAUUAGCAACGUUGACGCAGAGGCAGAUCGUUUCAUGAACAUGUAUACGUGGGUAGCACAGCACCUAUAAACAAUAAACUGAUCCUCUAUUGUGAUGACACGACAUAAGCUCCAGCGACAUUUGCUCUUGUCUUAAUUUAGCAGAGGUCGACUCGUGUUAGAGUUAGGUUGGUUUGGUUAGUUUGGUUUGGUUUAGUUUUAUUUACGAUUUAAAAAAAAUACAUAAAUAUAAACAAAAUAAACAUUACAUGAUCAAAUAAUCGUAUACAAUAUAGCAAUGUAACAAUAAUCAAACUUAACAAUGCAUGUAAUAAAAAAUUAUAUAUCACAGGGAUAGACCCGUUUCAGAUUGGCUAUCCCUAUUGUAAUAAAGUUUUUUUCCACAAUAAUGUAAAGAUAAGGAUUAUGGUUCAUUUAUUUAUGGAGGAUAGGUUUUAUGUUUCAAAUUGGCUUAUAUAAGCGUGCAGAUUUUUAUCCGAGCAAUUGUCUCCGGAGCAAAUGUCUUGGAACAUUAUAUAUUGCGUGUCAUUCAGAAUAUACUCUAAUUCAAUUCAAUUCAAAUUUAUUUUCAUUCUUCAAAAUGAUACAAAUAAGUACAAGAUAGAUUGAUUCAA